GCAACAGCAUCUCUUCCGCAUUCAAACAACAUCAGUGAAAACAUGGACGUGGAGAGCAGUAUUUGUCAGGGAAACGAGGAUUCUAGUCCCAGUGAGUCCGGCAUUAAGAUCCCGGACAGGAUGCUUAAACGAGAACAGGAUAGGCUUGAGGACGUGGAGAGAAAGAAAGAAGCGAAAAAUAGCCAGUCUGUCACGGAGGAGAAGAGUGGGUUCUUCACCGCGACGUUCAGUAGUGAAAGGGCAACAAUCGAGGAGUUACUGGAGGGCUGCUCGGGGGCUACUGACCGCGCCCUGGCCACUCAAACCUUGGAGAAAGUGACUACUAAAACACAGUUCCUCCAGAAGUUUCUAAACGAUAGCAUGGUGUUUUUACCGCAGUACGAGCUGAGACAGGCCCAGGCGGCGCUCCAGAAACUACAGAACUCUCUGGCUGAGAAGAGAGACGAGAUUCUCCCCAAGAAGAAGUUCGCCUUUAGGUCGCGCGCAGCAAAUACACCCAAAGUAGACCCACCAGCUCCACCUGUAACACCUAAGGAUUCUGGCCGAACUAAAGUGGACGGAGCCAUAAGCCCCCCAGAGCAGUGUGGCUUCUCCCACUUUGAGGCCCAGGUGCUGACCAAGUCCGGGGCGGAGAUUAAACAACAGGAUGUUCUACUGACCCACCUGACCAACUGCAAGGUCAGACUCCUGGGCUCCCCCAGCACCAUCCACAUCAAACACGUCCAGAACUGUGAAAUCUUCUCUGGGCCAGUGUCCAGCUCUGUGUUUGUGGACCACUGCACCGGCAGCACCCUCUCCUUCCCAUGCCAGCAACUACGGACGCACCACACCACCGACACACAGGUCUAUCUGCAUGUCACCAGCCGCGCCAUCAUAGAGGACUGCCAAGGGGUGCGCUUUGCCCCCUUUGCCUGGUCCUACCUGGGUCUGGACCAGGACUUCAAGGUGUCUGGUCUGGACCGGGAGAGGAACAACUGGAACCAGGUGGAUGAUUUUAACUGGCUGGCCUUAGGUACCCAAUCUCCUAACUGGUCUGUCAUUCCAGAAACUGAGAGAAGAACAGAGUGGGACUCCUAGAGACAUUAGUAUACAAAGAGCCUGUCAAACAAAUGAAGCUCUUAUUUUCAUUCAGCCCUGAUGUGACACAGCCUUACUUGACUUUGCUUUUCAUGCUAAUGAGUUCCAUAGUACAGUUGUUCCAUAGAUGUGCUGACAGGAUUACCCAUUAAAUAUUGGGUAAUAUUCAGUAGUGUGCUGCCUGAACUUUUUCUUCACAGGGAGGAAAAAGUUGCUGCAUUUGUUUUCUCAUGACUAUAUAAUGAGCAAUAAACAGAAUGUCAACCACGUACUGUAACACAGCUUAUUACCGGUUCAUCUUAGUCCUUAAAUACCAUCUUAUGUUUACAAACAGCACAGCACUCUCCCAUCUACAAAGCACUAAAUACCUCUGUUCUUCUGACUAAGUGGUCUGGAGUAAACACUAGAUGUGAAUAAAGGGUUUGGCUGACAUCAACCAA